AUGUUGCAGGGUGAUCUGGUUUUGGAGGAAAGGUUAGUGUUCAGGCGUCUAUGGAAAGCUAAAGCUCCUUCUGGAUCGCUAGCUUUGGCUUGGAGAGUUCUUAUAGGAAAAGUGCAGACCAAAAUUGACUUGGCCAGGAGAAAUGCGCUUCCUGUGAAUACUAGUUUGUCAUGUGGGUUGUGUGCAGUUGAGGAGGAGAGCUGCAAGCAUCUUUUCUUCACAUGUGGAGUGUCUUGGAAAGUGUGGAUGGAGAUAUGUUUCUGGUUAGGAGUACACACAGCUUUUUCAUGUGAGGCAGAAUCUCAUUUUUACCUUCAUGAAAAUCUGAUUUCUUGCAAAAUGAAAGAUGGUAAGAUCAUGAACUUAAUAUGGAUUGCUGUGGUGAAUUCAAUUUGGCAGACUAGGAAUGGCUCGGUAUUCAGUGGUGUGGGGGUUGAGGUUGUUAGAAUAGUAGAGCUAGUGAAGUACAAAGUUUGGCUUUGGUUGAGAACUCAUGAUAGGAAUUUCAUCUCUUCUUUCUAUGAAUGGGAAAAUAAUCCUAAGGAAUGUAUUGCUAUGCUGCACUAA